GUCUACCUGAGGCGCGCGCGACGUGAGGACCGCUUGUACCCUCGCUCCCACUGGCUGUGAUAGGUUAUAGUGAUUGUGAUGUUGUGAUAAUACAUGUAUUUGUCCUCAUCCAGUGCGCCCAUUCGGUGAUAUAUACUUGCAUAACUACGCAGUGUGUGCGUAGAGGGUCGUGUGUUAUUGUGAGUGUGACCCACAAGAUCGGUGGUAGUGUGAAAUCUUGGAAUUCGUACGGUGGUGAAGAGACUUCAAUAGGCCAUGUGCAAGUGUUCCUUUGUGGUGGUGCGGGCUGCCUGCCUGGCCCUACUGGCCUCCACGGGCUUUACUAAACCUCAAGAAUACACCGUGGACGAUCCUACUGACGGUGAUGUUUACAGAGUUCAGAGUGCAGACGUAUCGCUUAUCUUCGAUAAGUCUGAGAUUGUGGUCAACCCCGAUGACCAGCUGAACUUGGAGUGUGGUGUCCGAGGAAAGAGUCGUUACUGCAUCUGGGAGAGUGAAAAUGGUCAGAUUCUCCAGGUUCAAGAUGUGUACAGCAAUGUGUACGAUGGAGUGAGCAAACCACUCAAUAGUGAAGGAAAUGAGUGUGGUAUUGUCAUAAACCCUGCUAAUAUUGAACACCAUGGCAUGUGGACAUGCAAAGUCUUCGUAGUUGGAAAGUCUCUUGUUGGAUCCAAGAAUGUGAUAGUUACCAUUAAACCAACAAGUCCAAUCCUUGAAGUAGACAACCAAAGAAGUUUAGAUGUGACGAAUGAGGAUGAGACACCGGUAAAAUGCUCGGUGGCAGCAGCCAGACCAGCUGUCAUCAUCCGUUGGUACUUGGGAGACAGAGAUGUUACUGUUUCUGCUGAAACAGAAGAAACUCCAACUGACAAAGGGGGAAUCUACAAGAGUGUGUCAACUUUAAGGCGGACAUUCCAGCCAACAGAAAAUGGACAACUUUUGAUGUGUAGUGUGACUCACAAGACACUUUAUUCACCAGAAAACACUAGUAUUCCUCUGAAUGUUGUUUUCAAACCUGUUGAGAAGCCCAUCAGUACCUUCUACCAGAUCAGUCCUGGCAGUGAUUAUGAAGUGAAGCUCAAUUUUUCUGCCAACCCAAAACCCAUAAAUAAAGAAUGGAGAUAUGGUGACAGCUUUGAGGAAAUGGAAGGCUCCCUCGGCAUUCCUGACACUGAUGGCCACUACACCACAGAUAUUGAGGACCUAGGCAAUGGCUUGUAUACUGCAAAACUCCUUGUCUCUGGCUUUACAGAAGCUGAUGCUAACAAACGUUACCUGUUAGUGGUAGAAAAUCAAUAUGGAGAAACCCAGUACAAAGUCAACCUCUCGAUCCACGAUGCUCCUCAAGAUGAUGACUCUGAAACAAGCAACCAUGACAAAAUCCCACCCACAGAGUUAUCAGUGUCUGAAGGUAUUGUUUUCGAUGAUGAGACGGAGUCAAACACUCUGAGUGGAGGAGCAGUCGCAGGCAUUGUAAUUGUUCUACUGAUAGUCAUAGCAGCAGUGGGUGCUGCAGGAUACGCACGGUACCGACAGAUGUUCUGCUUUGCUCGAGUCGCUUCACCGGAUCCAGAGGAGGGUAAAGACACCAAGGAGGAACACAGCGACACCGAAAGUGCAAGAGGGACAAACACUAGCCACGCUGCUAGCUUGAAGGAUCGCUUCGAACAGAUCACACAGGUCUUCAAGAAACCGAAGAAGGACCAGGAUGCAAAACAGGAUGAAAAUGAGAAGAAGUCACUGACCAAGGAAGAGCCCAACAAGGAGAGCCCUUAUAAGGAACAGAGUCCAGAUGAGAAGGAGCCUCCUGAAACUACCCAAGUACCCGAAGAAACUGUACCCACCAACACUUACACUGAACAAAACUCAACCAAUGACAAAGAGCAUACCGAUGACAAAGUUCCCACUGAAACUACUCCGCAGACAAACAAUGAACAAAAUGCGGUGGACAAAAAAGAGGUGGUGUAUGCUGAGCUAGACCUAGGCAAGGGAGAACCUGAUAAGAAGACUGAUGUGAAAGCAGAAGACAAGACGGAAUAUGCACAGAUUGUGGGAACGCUUACGGACAACCGGGAAGAAGAGAAAAAAGAGUAGAAUGUACUAUUUUGUACAUUGUGAGUAGCUUAUUAAAUGUAGCAACAUGUUACAUCAUUAUAACAAAGAUGAUGGUGACCAUGAUUGUUCACCAAGGUGAUCAUCAUUGUGUGACGGCCUUCAUGUUUAAUACAAUCUUGAGCAGUUGAUGUGCUUGUAUUAGUAAUCACUAUGUGUUCUUUUGUAAUUGUUCUUAUUGUAGACAGAUGCACGUACUUUUUAAGGACAUUAUACUUUUAUCUGAACACCAUAUUUUUAAAUGUGAUGCAAAGUAAAAUUUAUAGGUCAUUUAGAUUUAUUGGAAAAGGCUUAUAUUGACUGAUAUUUAAAUUACAUGUACUACUAAAAUUGGACUCGUGUAGUAUAGCUGACACCCUAAGUGGUUUUAUAGGUGGGAAUGAUGAUGAAUCAUUUGAAUGAUACUGUACCUCAAUUCUGAUAUAAUCAUUAAAGAAGUUGAUUGUGCUUUCAUAUAAGCUAAGUGGGAACCUGUUGAUAAUGUGAUGUUGACUAAAAUGUACAAUUUAAGAUUAAUUUGGCUGGCCCAGUUCCUAUUACACUGUAUUAUAUCAUUUCAGAAUAUCUGAAUUGCUCCCCGAAUCUUUGGUGAAGUUAUUGUAUUUAGAUGUAUUUUCUUAAUUUGUCAACAUUGUAUUAUUACAUUGUUUUGCAUAUCUACUACACCCAUAAGCUGUUGUGGCAGUCAGUGGGAUCAUGCUUUAGCCGCAUACUGGUGGGGCCUUUGCUCAUGUCUUGGAAAUGGUUUCCAGGUAGGCCUUAAUAGUGUGUUUCCGAAGCAUCUCUAUUUCCUAUGAAUACAGUGUAAGGAAAACCAUAGUUUCUCACGAUCUCAACCUGGGGUAAACAUUCUCAGAUUUAAGAUGUAUGUUAAUUUGACCAAGAGGUUUUCCUAUUGGAUUAGGUCAUUGGUUACAAUCUUUUUAGAUUAAUGUGUGGAUGGAUGGGUCAAAAUGGAAAAAUGUUCAAUUAGUUUUGAAUUCGAUAAAUUUUAUUUAGUAUUCAUGUAGCUUUUACAUGUUGCUCUUAGAUGGCUGACAGAUAUGAGUGACUGAUUUAAUCUUUUUAAAACUAGGUGAUAUUGUAUUAUACAGGAUGAUUGUCAGCCUAUUGCCUUUUCACUCUGGGCUUGCUGUUUGUCUGACAGAAAUCUUAGAUUAAUUUCUGUACCUGAUACUUCAGAUGCUUAUAUACUUUUAAUGAAUGCAACUACAGUUUACUGACUGAUACAUAGUGAUGUAUAUGAUGAUUCACUACUAGUAGUAAACUGAAUAUGUUUAGUAACUCUCUGUUACAUCACCCACAGCACAUACAGUGUAAUAGUUGAAGAAUGAAUGUUCCACAAACAUGAAUAACAGAAUGUACUGUUAAACUUUCAGCUCUUUAUUUUUGCAAAAAAAUGAAAAAAAUAUACAUAUAUAUAUAUAUAAAAAUAUAUAUAUAUAUAUUAGAGCAACAUUAAGGCAAGGAUCUUCCAGAAGUGAGUGAAAAUUUUAUUACACUUGUGUUCAGCAGUAUACAUAGUGACUGUGUUUCUUAAUAUUUUUGUAAAUGCCGUAUGCUGCCUCGAUGAUUAUAGAACAUCCGUUAAAACACUAAAGAAUUUGGUGCUGCUAGUCUGAUUUUAAAGUUAACCAUUUAUGAUGAUUACUCAUUAAUGGCUAGCAUUACUCUAGUAAUGCAUCUGUAUGUAAUGUAGCAGAGCCAGAUUACUUGCAGUUGGUCAUCAACAUUUGUAUAUAACUCUUACUGUGUAUAUGCUGACAAACACUCAUGUCUAGUGUACUUUUGUAUUAUGUUUGUCUACUCUGCAACAUGAUUCACUGUGUAAA